UCUAUGGUUAACUUCCGGUCAGCUGUGCGGGGUUCGUGAAGCCGAGCUCCUUAGGUGCCGGAAGCGGCUGUUUGAGCUGCGCAGGCUGCCCAGCCCCGGUACCGAGAGACUGGGUAUCAUGUCCCGAAAGCAGACGGUGAGGAGCAGGCCCGGGAAGAAAGCCGAGGUGGAGCGGAAGAGAGAUGAGAGAGCAGCUCGGAGAGCAAUAGCCAAAGAACGCAAGAACCGGGCGGGAGAGUACGACGACCCAGAGGAGUUUGUCAGUUUUGCUAAUCAGCUUCAGGUUCUGGGCCUCCGGAUGCGGGAGGUACCGGGAGACGGAAACUGCCUGUUCCGAGCACUGGGAGACCAGUUGGAGGGCCAUUCCCGAAACCACCUGAAGCACCGUCAGGAGACCGUGGACUACAUGAUCAAGCACCGUAACGACUUUGAACCCUUUGUCGAAGAUGACGUACCCUUUGAGCGGCACGUGACCAAUCUAGCCCAGCCGGGCACCUUCGCCGGCAAUGAUGCUAUUGUGGCGUUUGCGCGGAAUAACCAAGUGAACGUGGUGAUCCACCAGCUGAACAAUCCUCUGUGGCAGAUCCGUGGCGCCGAGAAAGCCAAUUCCCAGGAACUGCACAUAGCCUACCGAUACGGCGAGCACUACGACAGCGUACGGCGCGUUAACGAUAACACGGAGACCCCCGCAAACCUGCAAACAGAGAUGCUUUCAAAAGACCGGUCGAAUCGGAAGGGCAGACAGAAUUUAAACCAGCAGGAAGACCAGUCAGAGGUGCAGGGGGACGCCGUGCAAAAAGUGCGCAACGCCACGGGCUGUGCGGACGUCCAGGUGAUACUGCAGAGUUUGGAAGCCGAGAGCUACGAUAUCGAGUCGGCCAUUCAUGUCAUUCUGCAAAUGGAGGAACUCAAACAGUGUGAUUCUCACCCGAGCUGCUUGGCUGAUGAGAGCGAUUCCACGCCAGCCCGGGAGGAGGGCAGGUCUGAAACACCCGAAGAAAUUAUGUGCUCUGGCCAGAGGUUAAGUCACCAGAAGACCCAGAACACACCGAGCGGUGUCGAUUUAAAUGCUGGUCACCCAGCCCGACGCGAGGACCACGGUAACGACUCCAGAAACAUCAGCAACAAAGGCCAGACAAAGGUAAGCAAUAAGCAAAGGAAAGAGCAGCAAAGACAACAGAAGAAGAAACGACAGGAGGAGCGGCAUCGGCAGAAGGUCCAAGAGAGCCGGAGUAAUAAUAUCGACAACAACCGACAGGAGGCGGACGACGACGACCCUUCCCAGAUAACUCUGGUCAAAGCUCUUUCCGCCCUGAACAUUUGACGUCGGGGACCUCAGCCUGGCCUGGCGGAUAGGCCGGAUCCAGAGGAGCGGACCGUGUCAGAUGGACGUGGUGAGGUGUGCGGGCUACGAGGCCGGCGUGAGUGUGACCUGUCGGAGAACGCCCGCCGUGCCUCGUCUGCCGCGUCAUCCCUUCUCAUAGCAGGCGGUGCGACGGUUCAUGCCACGGAGGUCGUGCGACAUUUUGGAAAACGGCCCUUUAAACGACACUGUAUGAUAAAUUAUAUUUUUUAAAUAAAAAUAUGUAUGUAUAUAAA